AUGGCUCAGACAAACAGUUAUAGCCAGAGUAGCAAUGGAGUGGCUGAUGAAUCCCCCAACAUGCUGGUCUACAGAAAGAUGGAAGAUGUCAUCGCUCAUAUGCAAGAUGAGAAAAAUGGAAUUCCUGUCCGCACAGUCAAGAGUUUUUUAUCUAAGAUCCCAAGUGUUUUUUCAGGUUCUGACAUUGUGCAGUGGAUUAUCAAAAACCUAAACAUUGAUGACCAAGUAGAGGCACUCCACCUUGGCACUCUCAUGGCGGCCCACGGCUACUUCUUCCCCAUCUCAGACCAUGUGCUCACACUGAAGGACGAUGGAACCUUCUACAGGUUUCAGGUUUCAGGUUUCAAGAUAAGAUCCCCCUUCUACAGGUUUCAAGAUAAGAUCCCCCUUCUACAGGUUUCAGGUUUCAGGUACAAAGAUAAGAUCCCCCUUCUACAGGUUGCAGGUACCAAGAUAAGAUCCCCCUUCUACAGGUUUCAGGUUUCAGGUACUAAGGUAAGAUCCCCCUUCUACAGGUUUCAAGAUAAGAUCCCCCUUCUACAGGUUUCAGGUUGCAGGUACCAAGAUAAGAUCCCCCUUCUACAGGUUGCAGGUACCAAGAUAAGAUCCCCCUUCUACAGGUUUCAGGUUUCAGGUACUAAGGUUUCAGGUACUAAGGUAAGAUCCCCCUUCUACAGGUUUCAAGAUAAGAUCCCCCUUCUACAGGUUUCAGGUUUCAGGUACCAAGAUAAGAUCCCCCUUCUACAGGUUUCAGGUCCUAAGAUCCCCCUUCUACAGGUUUCAGGUACUAAGAUAAGAUCCCCCUUCUACAUGUUUCAGGUACUAAGAUACGAUAAGAUCCCCCUUCUACAGGCUUCAGGUUUCAGGUACCAAGCUGUUUACCUCUGCAAAAGAACAAUGCAAAACAAAGCCCGUCUGGAGCUGGCUGACUACGAGGCUGAGAGCCUAGCCAGACUGCAGAGGGCUUUCGCCAGGAAAUGGGAGUUUAUAUUUAUGCAAGCUGAACCACAAGCAAAAGUUGACAAGAAGAGAGACACAAUUGAGAGGAAGAUUCUGGACAGUCAAGAGAGAGCAUUCUGGGAUGUGCACAGACCAGUGCCUGGAUGUGUGAACACAACAGAAGCCGACAUCAAGAAGUCCUCAAGGAUGAAGCAGCCUCAUAAAACAAGAAAGUCUGUGUACGGCCUCCAGAACGACAUCCGGAGCCACACCCCCGUUCCAGAGGUCAAAGGUCCCACGGAGGAGGAGAUACGUGACCAGAUUCAACAUUGGCAAGCCCAACUGGACAGGCAUCGGUUAAAAAUGUCCAAAGUGGCAGAAAGCUUGCUGAGCUACACAGAGCAGUAUGUGGAGUAUGAACCCUUCUUCACCUCACCAGAGCCCUCCAACCCCUGGAUCUCUGACGACACCAUCGUCUGGGAACUGGAGAACAGGUGGGUUUACCCUCAGUCUAUCCUUCUUUAUCUCUGUCAGAGUUACUGGAGAACAGAGUUACUGGAGACCAGAGUUACUGGAGACCAG